GGCCCGUGUUUACACAGCGGAGCGGGGGUGGCCGGGAGAGGACACUGAAGCCCGAGUGGCGGCAACAGCAGCAGCGGCACGAUGGUCAUGGCGCAUUUCGUUGAGAGUUUCUGGGGGGAAAGAAAUAGUGGCUUUGAUGUACUCUACCAUAACAUGAAACAUGGACAGAUAUCAACAAAAGAACUUGCAGAUUUUGUAAGAGAAAGGGCUACGAUAGAAGAGGCAUAUUCACGGUCCAUGACAAAACUAGCAAAAUCAGCAAGCAAUUAUACUCAACUUGGAACAUUUGCACCUGUAUGGGAUGUAUUUAAGUCAUCAACAGAAAAAUUAGCAAGCUGCCACUUGGAGCUUGUUCGAAAGCUACAAGAAUUAAUAAAGGAAGUACAGAAAUAUGGAGAAGAGCAAGUAAAAUCUCACAAAAAGACUAAGGAAGAAGUUGCAGGAACUCUUGAAGCUGUACAAAAUAUUCAGAGUAUAACUCAGGCCCUCCAGAAAUCCAAGGAAAAUUACAAUGCCAAGUGUCUAGAACAAGAACGUUUGAAAAAAGAAGGAGCUACACAGAGAGAAAUAGAAAAGGCAGCUAUUAAAUCUAAGAAAGCUACAGAUACCUAUAAGCUCUAUGUGGAAAAAUAUGCAACAGCCAAAUCUGAUUUUGAACAGAAAAUGACAGAAACGGCACAGAAAUUUCAAGAUAUUGAAGAAACUCACCUCAUUCAUAUAAAAGAGAUUAUAGAAUCUUUGUCAAAGGCUAUUCAGGAAAUUCAUUUACAAAUAGGCCAGAUACAUGAAGAAUUUAUAAACAACAUGGCAAACACCACAGUUGAAGGUUUGAUACAGAAAUUUGCUGAGUCAAAAGGCACUGGGAAGGAAAGACCUGGCCUUAUUGAAUUUGAGGAAUGUGAUGCUGCUAGCGUAGUUGAAGGGAUAAAGCCAAGAAAAAGAAAGACUUUCGCUUUGUCAGGAAUAAUUAAGAAGGAAAAGGAUGCAGAGUCAGUGGAAUGUCCAGAUGCAGAUUCAGUUAACAUUCCUGAUGUAGAUGAGGAAGGUUAUAGUAUCAAACCAGAAGCAAAUCAGAAUGAUACCAAAGAAAACCAUUUCUACUCAUCCAGUGAUUCUGACUCUGAAGAUGAAGAACCAAAGAAGUAUCGCAUAGAAAUCAAGCCUGUGCAUCCCAACAACUCUCAUCAUACAAUGGCUUCUUUGGAUGAAUUGAAAGUAUCUAUUGGAAAUAUAAGCCUUUCACCAGCAAUAUCAAGACACAGUCCAGUACAAAUGAACAGGAAUUCAUCUAGUGAAGAGUUAACAAAAUCAAAGCUUUCUGCUCCAUCAAAUGAAAAGGGGAACAAUGACUUACUUGUAUGGGACCCAUUGUUUGGACCAUCUCUUGAUACAUCUAACUCAACGCAAUUGACAUCAGCUAUCCUUAAAGAGCAGAAUAGGAACUCCUCUUCCUUUCCCAUUGGUUUGCCUGGGUGUAUAAUAACUGAACCUUUACUUGGAAGUGAGUCAGAUUUUGGGGCCAGGAGCCCCUCACCAGACUUUUCUAUUAACUCACUGUGUCACCCUGAUGUAGCAGCUUCAUCAGAAAGCACAGAUGUAUUAUCUUUUGCGUCAUGGUCACAAAAUCAGUGGAUUUCCUUUACUGAUGAACUUGUUAUAAUUAAACAUGCAAAUGCAGACCAGAAAGCAUUCCAAAGAUUGCAUUGUAAAACUGAAAAUGUCUUCGAGUUCCCUGAUACUUUUCCUGGGAGAUCUUCCAACAACCAUACCUCUGAGGAUCAAAGUAACCGUGGCUAUAAUGUUAUAUGUCCUGAAAUAAUACUGACUGAAGAGACUGAGAGUGCUGCUGAAAAGUCUUCCACAUCAUCUUCAAUACCUCUGGACUCUAGUAUAGUUUCUACUUUUGCUCAGAUAUAUUAUGCCAGGCCUACAACUCCUCUUUCUGCAGGCACCAUUGUCCCACCUCCAAGACCUACUUCAAGACCAAAGCUUACUUCAAGCAAGCUUAGUGGAAUUAAUGAAAUACCCAGGCCAUUUAGCCCACCAGUGACUUCUAAUACCAGUCCACCUCCUGCUGCUCCUUUAGCACGGGCAGAAAGCACCUCCUCCAUAUCCUCAUCUGCUUCUCUUAGUGCAGCAAAUACACCAACAAUAGGUGUUUCACGUGGUCCCAGCCCUGUUAGUCUUGGAAAUCAGGAUACCUUACCUGUUGCAGUAGCCCUUACUGAAUCUGUGAAUGCUUACUUUAAAGGAGCAGAUCCUUCCAAGUGUAUUGUAAAGAUUACUGGUGACAUGACAGUAUCAUUUCCAAGUGGAAUUAUUAAAGUGUUCACUAGCAAUCCCUCUCCAGCUGUACUCUGCUUCAGAGUUAAAAAUACAAGCAAACUAGAGCAGAUUCUUCCAAAUGCACAACUCAUAUUCAGUGAUCCAUCACAGUGUGAUUCCAGUGCAAAAGAUUUUUGGAUGAACAUGCAAGCUGUCACUGUCUACCUCAAAAAGCUAGCUGAGCAAAAUCCAUCUGCUUCUUAUUAUAAUGUGGAUGUCUUAAAAUAUCAGGUAUCAUCAAAUGGUAUCCAGUCAACUCCUCUGAAUCUUGCUACUUACUGGAAAUGUAAUACCAGCACUACAGAUGUUAGAGUGGAUUAUAAAUACAAUCCAGAGGCUAUGAUUGCACCAAGUGUGCUUUCUAACAUACAGGUGGUAGUACCAGUGGAUGGAGGUGUCACAAACAUGCAGUCACUUCCCCCUGCAGUAUGGAAUGCAGAACAAAUGAAAGCUUAUUGGAAAUUGUCAGGUAUUUCAGAAAAAUCAGAAAAUGGAGGCUCCGGAUCUCUCAGAGCAAAAUUUGAUCUUUCAGAAGGACCCAGUAAACCUACAACACUUGCAGUACAGUUCAUUAGUGAGGGAAGUACCUUAUCAGGUGCUGACAUUGAGCUUCUAGGCACUGGUUAUAGGCUUUCCUUAAUAAAGAAACGUUUUGCUACUGGACGAUACCUGGCAGAUUGUUGAUGUCCCUGUGAAAAUUGUUGGAUCAAAGGAGUACAAACCUGCUCUUCUGCAUUAACUCUACCUUCCAAACACUAUCUUAACAUGUAUUCGAUAUAUUUUUAUCUUUGACCUACUUUGGAGCUGACUACAAAACCUAAAAAUGCACUUUUAAUGUAAGUCAUUUGAAAGGAAUAGCACUGAAGUGAUCUUCAACACUGUAAAUGAUCAAUAUUCAGGAAGUACAUUUAUUCAAAUACUUAGUGAAAUAAAUUUAUAUAGGCUGAAAGUCAAAAUAACCAGUUGCUAUAUUAGAAAAAGAAAAGUUAUGGCAUAAACAUCAAACUUUUAAAAAUUGAAGGAGAGCAAGCACAAACUGUUUAUAGCUCUCCAUAAAUUUUAAAUUCCAAGGUAGUUUUACAGGUUCAUCUGUUUGAUGUUGGAUGCAAGCAGAACAAAAAUGCAAAAUUUGGGAUAAUGUCAACUUAACCCUCUCGUUCACAUUGUGUCUAUGUGCCAUCAGAGAAUAGGCUCAGAGUUAGAGCAUGCAAAAAGGAUAAUUUGAUUCCCAUAUAACAUAUAUUAAUUAAGUGUAAAUGGUGUUUUAUAUAAGAUUUUUAAAAAAUCCUCAAGUGCAAUGUGUUUAAAAAUAAGCUUGCAAAGGACAGCAGAGAGACUUACUUCUGCAGUUAGUUAACUUUAUGGAAGUUGUGAUUGUUUUGAUGAAUUAAUGCUGUAGAUUUAAUUUAUUUUUAUAUGAAUUACAUAAUGUGUGCCUUUAAAAAAAAAAAAAAACAACAGAAUUGUGCCUGUCCACUUUGUGUUUAUUAAUGUGCCUCACUUCCUUUCUUAAAGUCUGGAUCUUCUAUAUAGAAACUUGGAUGGUUAAAGUUCUUCAUAUAAAAUACAGACAGUUUAUAGUCCCUUUGGGAUACAGAAGGAAAAUUAGGAUAACUGGAGUAUGCUCUUUAGUUGCAUUUUAAAAUACUGGAUUACUUCUUUGUGGGGUAAUUGCAAUAAAUGUAACUACUGUAAAAGAUGAAGAAUUUUUAAUAUGCUCACGGAAAAAAAAUUGCCUUCAGUUAUUUAAUUCUAAUCUCAACAAAGAUGUAUGAAUUUUAAAACAUUCUGGAAUAAAAAUAAUAACCAUGUAACUGAUUUUUAAACUGUAAACUUAGCAUUUCCCUUUACUUCUUGUUCAUUAUUUGAGAUUUAAGUGUUCAUUGGCUAUGUGUUUGUGAGCAUAAAUGUACUGUUAGUGAGGAAUAGCAUUUUAGAAAGGCUCAUCUCUGGCAGCGGAGGAAAAAAUACUGCCAUUUAUGUUCAUUUUAAGCAAGUGGGAAAAAAUGCUCAAUUAGUAUGUUGUUAAUUGCCACACAGUAAAAAUAGGGUUUGGAGUGAUGCAUUUAUUUAACAUUUCUUAAAAUAAGCUACUAACUUUGAUAGCACAACACCUAGCAGAUUUUACAAAUAAAGCUUGAUCAAAUGUAAAUGUAAAUGAAAUUAUAUAUAAUGCUGAAAACCAAGGUCCUUCAUUUUACAUAGUAGAAGCAAUAAUAUAUUGUAUUGUGUGCAAUUUUUAUAAAACCACUAAUUGGUCAGUUAUGCUUUACAGAAAUUAAGACCUAUAUUAUCAGGCAUUAAUGUAAAUUCUUUUACACACUAAAUACAGUAAAAAUGAAACACCUCACUGUUAAAUAUUAUAUGUGCUUUUUUUUUUUUUUUGUUCAUUCAUUAUUAGAAAAUUUUGGAAUAGAUUUGACUGAAGCAAUACACACCCAUCAUUUGCUAAAAUGUUAAUCUUUGCUAAAUGGUGAGGAUAAAUAGUAUAGGCUUUCUAACUCCUCUUGUGCUACUUUAAUUGCCAAUUGUGGUCUCUUACUGGAAUCUGUUUUGCUGUAAAACUGCUUAUUGGGCAGUUAACAUUUUAUUAUUGGAAUCCAGACAUUAUUUUACUUGCCAUGUUUGUUUUAAUCAAGUAUUGCUUAAAAGUUCUAAAUUAGUGGAAUGGUUAAGUUUCAUUACAUUUUAACUACCAGUCUUCACCCCAUGUAUUGACACACGAAUUUGUAUUGGGUGCAGGUUACAAUUUUGAAGCCAUACAAGCUUAUGUUGCUUUUUCACUGUUAAAAACCCAUGAAUGGUGUCCAAAUGCCAGUAGAUAUUCAUUGAGAAAUGUAUUUAGCAAGCUGGUCCUUGCUCUUAUAUACAGUGCUAUACUUUGUACCUGUGUCUUAACCAAGAAUUUGUAAACAUAGAACUCUUAAUGAAUCUGAGUUUUUAUGGAUUGUUACUACUUUGGGUUGUAAUUAGAACAAUGCAAAUCUAUCUUACAAAAAUUUGUAAAUAUCUGAUUUUUUUUCAUAUAAUGUAAAUUUUACAUAAAAGUUGCACCCUUAAUAAACAUGUAAUAUAUAAUUUA